AUGCCUGUUUACAACGGUUCACAACUGACCCAAGAUUCCUAUGUAGCUAUUGUACGACUCGCGGAGCCAAUCGCCCUCACCUCCAUCUUCCCUUAUGCCUGGCCACUUGUCAAGAGGUUCCACGUCGGCGACGAAAGCGAUGCCUCUUUCUAUGCCGGUCUCCUCAUUUCAGCCUUCGCGCUCGCGGAGUCCAUGACGGGCAUGUUCUGGGGGAGCCUCAGUGAUUCUGUGGGACGAAAGCCGGUAUUACUGGCAGGAUGCACAGGAACCAUGCUGAGUAUGAUCAUGGUGGGCUUUUCAAAAAACAUCUGGAUGGCUGUGGCAGGACGAGCACUAGGGGGCUUUCUCAAUGGCAACAUUGGGGUCAUUCAAACGAUGGUCGCGGAGCUGGUAAGCAAGCCAGAGCAUGAGCCUAGGGCGUACUGCAUCAUGCCUUUUGUCUGGACCAUCGGGACAAUCAUUGGGCCUGCGCUCGGUGGAACAUUCGCAGACCCUGCAAUCGGAUUUCCAAACACUUUCUCCAAGGACGGGCUCUUCGGCCGAUAUCCAUACCUGCUCCCAAACCUGUUGUGCUCCAGCUUGCUGCUUGUAAGCAUGCUGGCGGGCUACUUCCUCCUCGAAGAGACACAUCCGGAUAAGCAACCCAGGGUGAACUUGCCAGAUGAAACCUACGUGUCCGAUGAGACCCCUCUAAUCGGAACUGCGGAUGCAAUUAAAGCUCCCCCGGUCGAUCUACGAGCAGAGACAUACGGUACAUUUGAAGGUAGUGACGAUAGCCAAUGGCGCCAUGCCUCUAAAAAGAGCCGCGGAAGCCCCAAGAUAUUCACAAGUCAAGUUUUGGCCCUCAUCGUUGCUCUUGGAAUUUUUACCUUCCAUAGCAUGACCUACGAUCACCUCCUACCCAUCUUCCUGGAAGAUGAACGUGGCUCCAUGACCAUCCGCGCCUUCUCCAACAACCCAUCCUUCAACCCGUUCUACGUGCCCGGUGGUCUCGGUCUCUCGAUCCAAAAGGUCGGGUUCAUCAUGUCCAUGAACGGAAUCAUCGCCAUCAUCGUGCAGGCUGUCGUCUUCCCGCUCGCAGCAGCCGCAUGCGGCAUCCACAGACUCUUCAUCAUGGUCUCAUUGUUACACCCAAUCUCGUACCUCGCCAUGCCUUACCUCACCUACCUGCCAGCGAAGUACCUGAUGUUUGGCAUCUACACCUGUCUCACGAUCCGCAACAUCCCGUCUAUUCUUGCCUACCCGGUCCUUUUGAUUCUCAUCAAGCAAGCCACGCCUUCGCCAUGUGUGCUAGGAAAAGUUAACGGUCUUGCUGCUUCUGCAGGAGCUGCGUGUAGGACCAUCGCUCCGCCACUUGCAGGCUAUCUAUAUACGUUGGGCUCGAGGAUGGAGUUCACGGGCUUGGCAUGGUAUGGGAGUGCUUUUAUGGCACUACUCGGAGCCCUGCAAUGCUUCACCGUGAGGCGAACCAGGCGAGAUGCGGAAGAUGACUAG